AGAGUAGCUACCAUGUAGUAAUGUAGAAAAAGCCAACACUGCACACUGCAGACUGCACAAAACAUCCAAAGGCUACGUACUGUAUCAAACAUCAAAAGAGCCAAAACAACAUUGUUGUCAUAAAACAGAACAACCUUCCAAAAGACAGGAAGAAAAGAAAACUUCAACCGCUCCCUUCCAGUCAACUCUUCAGCAAACAACACAUCAAGAUGGUCAAGAAAAUGAUUGCAGCCGACCGCAUCUUGGAGCCCUUGCCUCUAGACUUUGCACCUGGACCCAACGAUGUGAUCUGCGCUCGCGGCAAGGUGGCAGUGAAGCACAGUGGCAACAAAAAGUUCAUGGAGAUUGCCAAGCUCUUCCUGAAUCGAUACAAAGAAUGCACUACCAAAGUAGACAAGACAGGCAUUGUGUCAGAGAUUAUUGCCAAGGUGGAAGAAAGCAGCCCAGACGGGGGCUUUGUCAAGAAAGUUGGGGAUAAGUGGUUCUUGGCGGACCUGCAGCUCAAGAGGGAAAAGAUCUCACAGGCUCUGCGCAAUCAGCUAAGCACAAAGUACAAGUCCAGUACCAAAGCCAAGAGAAUCCAGCGACAAGUUAAGGAGUCCAUGUUUGACGACGAGGUGGACUACGCCUUGAGCCAAAUCAACUGUGGGGAUAUGAUGGACCAAGUGGAGAAACUCACCUCCGAAGCAAAGGACGAGAAGGACUUCCAGAAUGCUUUCAACAUGGUCAACAUGGAACUUCUGCAGAGGCUGAAGUCCCUGCCACCUGUUGCGCCGUUCGAGAAUGCGGACGACGACGACGAAGUAAGCCUUGCUGAAAGUGCUUCGUUGUCACCCGACGUUGCGGGUAGCAUUCCAGACAUGGGAUCUGCUGGCAACCUCUUGGCCCCUCCCACGACAAUGUCUCGAGCCAUUAGUGCGUCUUCCGCUGGAGCAGCUGCCCCACCCGCCACUUCUAUGGCCAUCAGUGCAUCAUCGGUUGCAUGCAUGCCCCCUGCCAUGUCGCGGGCUAUCAGCACCUCUUCGGCUUCUUCUUCCAAUGCUCCCCCGGCCAUGGCUCGGUCCAACAGCUUGUCUGGAGGGUCCCUUGCCCCCCCGACAAUGGGACAAUUCACCAAUGGCACGAAUGCCUCCUUCGUGCCAUUUAGUACUCCGAUGAUGGCAAGGGUUGUCAGUGGGGCACCUAUCCCCGUGUCUUUCGCGGCUCAGAAACCCCCAUGCCUGGCCCGAACCGUCACAGCCCCAACCGAUAACUCAUCAUGGAUCGCUCCCACUGCCAUGAUGACGAUGGCAAAGCUGAGUGGUACAAACAUGAGCACACCGCCGUUUCCGUCCACCAUGCUUGGUCGUGCCACCAGCAGGCCCUUGGAUUUGGACGACGAUUCAGACGAUGAUGCCUUUUCUCCUUUACCAUUUGAUCACGGUAACGGUUCUCCUGAUCUCUCUCUCUUCUUCGAUCUUGCACCAUUCGCUGCCGAUUCUGGCUUCUAGACAAGCGUGGGGUGAGAAGUGCAUUCGAUCUUGCACCAUUCGCUACCAACAUAGAUAAACAUGGGAUAAGAAGUGCAUUCUGCAUGUCAUACAAACAUACAUACAUACAU